UGGUGUUUCAAGAUGAAAAGUUUUGAACUUGAUCAAAAACAUCUUUUAGCUUUCAUGGUACUAUCUAUUUUUUCGAAUUUCGUAUUUGGUCAUUCGGUUAACGAUGAGGGUGUCGUGCUUUUGGAGUUCAAACUCUCUCUUGCAGACCCGAGUAGGAAUCUUGAUUCAUGGAAUCAAUCUGAUUUAACUCCGUGUAAUUGGAUUGGUAUAGGAUGUACCAAUGAUCAUAUGGUAAGUUCUAUAAACCUUCAUGGUUUUAAUUUAUCGGGUUCUUUAUCACCAACCAUUUGUAAGCUUUCAUACUUAACCAUUUUAAACAUGUCACAAAACUUCAUUUCUGGCCUCAUUCCUAAUGGUUUAGCUUCUUGUAAACAUUUGGAGGUUUUAGACCUUUGUACAAAUAGGCUGCAUGAUGUUUUCCCUAGCCAAAUUACGACACUUUCCUCCCUUAAAGUGCUUUCGUUAUGUGAAAACUACAUUAGUGGUGAGAUACCUGAUGUCAUUGGGAAUAUGGGUUCAUUAGAAGAGCUUGUUAUUUAUAGUAAUAAUCUUACUGGAAUGAUUCCCAAGUCCAUUGGUAGAUUGAAAAAACUUAAGAUUAUAAGGGCAGGGGUGAAUUCUUUAUCGGGCCCGAUUCCUAGUGAGAUUAGUGAAUGUGAAAGCAUGGAGGUUUUUGGGUUAGCACAAAAUAAGUUAGAGGGAUCAUUUCCUAGAGAGCUUCAAAAGCUCAAGAAUCUAACUAGUUUGGUUCUUUGGCAAAAUCUUUUAUCUGGUGACAUUCCACCCGAAAUUGGGAAUUUUAGUCGUCUGGAAUUGCUUGCACUUCAUGCAAACUCUUUCUCUGGAAACAUUCCGAAAGAAAUUGGUAAGCUAGCACAACUGAAAAGGUUGUACUUGUAUACCAACCAGUUAAAUGGUUCCAUCCCAGAUGAGUUAGGAAACUGUUUGGAGUUAGUAGAGAUGGAUCUUUCUGAAAACCGUUUAACUGGAGUUAUCCCAAAAAAGUUAGGCCAGAUCACGAACCUUCGUCUGCUUCAUCUUUUUGAAAACCUCCUUGUGGGAGGCAUUCCAAAUGAGCUUUCAAAUUUGAAAGAGCUUCGCAAGCUAGACUUGUCGAUAAAUAAUCUAACAGGGGAAAUUCCUUUAGGGUUUCAAAACAUUCCAUUUUUGGAAAGUUUUCAGCUUUUUGAUAAUCAUCUUGAAGGAAGUAUCCCUCCAUUGAUAGGAGCUAGUAGUAACCUCUCAGUUCUUGAUAUUUCCAUGAAUAAUCUUGUUGGAAUCAUACCUCCACAUCUUUGCAAAUCUCAAAAACUAAUGUUUCUAAGCCUGGGAUCAAAUAAGUUGUCUGGUAACAUUCCACAUGGUGUAAAAUCAUGCAAAUCUCUUAUACAACUGAUGUUAGGAGAUAAUUUGCUCACGGGUAGCCUCCCUCUUGAAUUCUCCAAUCUUUAUAACCUUUCUGCUCUAGAACUUCAUCAAAACCACUUCACCGGGCCUUUGACCCCGGAAAUAGGCCAGUUAAAGAACUUGAAAAGGCUUCACUUGUCUGACAACUACUUUUUCGGUCACAUUCCUCCUGAAAUAGGAAAUUUGGCUCAGCUUGUUACAUUUAAUGUCUCUUCUAACCGUCUGUCUGGAGACAUUCCUAAUGAGCUUAUGAAUUGUUUAAAUAUCCAAAGGCUUGAUCUUAGUAGGAACUGGUUUACGGGCCAGGUUCCUUUUAGAAUUGGCAAUUUGGUAAACCUUGAAUUGCUUAAGCUGUCUGAUAACAGAAUGAAUGGGCGGAUACCAACCUCACUAGGGAAGCUGGCCCGUCUUACUGAGUUGCAAAUGGGUGGUAAUUUUUUCUCAGGUAAUGUCCCUUUUGAGCUUGGUCAGCUCAGCACUCUCCAAAUUUCACUCAAUAUCAGUCAUAACAAGCUUUCCGGCUCCAUACCUCAGAAUCUUGGAAGCUUGUUAAUGCUGGAAUCCCUAUAUUUGAACAAUAAUCAACUUGUUGGAGAGAUUCCUGCAUCCAUCGGGCAGUUAGUUAGCCUUUUGGUCUGUAAUCUUUCGAACAAUAACCUGUAUGGGGCGGUUCCAGAUACCCCCAUCUUUAAAAGGAUGGAUUCUAGCAACUUUGCAGGAAACAAAGGGCUAUGCAUUUUGAGCUCAAACCAAAACCACUGUUUGUCUUCUUCAAUCCCACGACCCAACCAGCAUUCUGGAUUCUCUAAAGAUAAAGUAGUGAGCAUUGUUUCGGGUACAGUUGGGUUCUUCUCUUUCAUUUUUGCAAUGGGUGUGUGUUGGGCUAUAAAGAACCGAAAACCUGUUUGUGUGCCACUUCCUGAAGAACAUGCUAAGCCCGAUGUUUUGGACAGUUAUUACUUUCCAAAAGCCGGGUUCAAAUAUCAGGAUCUUGUUGAAGCAACUCAUAAUUUUUCAGAUGAUGUUGUGAUUGGAAAAGGGGCAUGUGGGGUGGUGUACAAGGCAGUGAUGGCUGAUGGUCAGUUUGUCGCGGUGAAGAAGUUGAAAUCUGGUGAUGGUGGUGCCAUUGUUGACCGUAGCUUCCUUGCUGAAAUAUCAACUCUUGGAAAAAUUCGCCACAAGAACAUUGUGAAGCUUUAUGGUUUUUGCUACCACCAGGAAUCAAAUCUUUUGUUAUACGAGUAUAUGGAAAACGGGAGUUUAGGAGAAUUACUUCAUGGUAACAAGAAUGCUCAUUUUCUUGAAUGGAAUGAUAGAUAUAACAUUGCUCGUGGAGCAGCUGAAGGCUUAUCUUAUCUUCAUUAUGACUGCAGACCCCAAAUUAUUCACCGAGAUAUAAAAUCAAACAACAUUUUAUUGGACAAAAUGCUUCAACCUCAUGUUGGAGAUUUUGGUUUAGCAAAGCUUAUGGACAAUACUUAUUCGAAAUCCAUGUCAGCUGUUGCUGGUUCAUAUGGCUACAUUGCUCCAGAGUAUGCAUACACAAUGAAAGUAAACGAAAAGUGUGAUAUCUACAGUUUUGGAGUUGUUCUGUUGGAGCUUGUUACAGGGAGAUUGCCUGUUCAGCCUAUUGAUCAGGGAGGGGAUCUUGUGACAUAUGUUAGAAGAUCGGUUCAUGGGAUGGUUCCAGUUUCUGAUGUAUUUGACAAAAGGUUAGAUUUGAGUUGUAAAAAAACAACAGACGAGAUGUCUCUAUUUUUAAGGAUAGCAUUGUUUUGCACGAGUCCAUCUCCGCUCAAUAGGCCUACAAUUAGAGAAGUCAUAGCAAUGAUGAUCGACUCUAGGGAAGUCAUAAUUAACUCACCGUCAUCUCCGUCAUCAGAAACUCCUCUAGAUGAUUCAAAUUCUUACAAAGAUUAUGUGGAGCGGGCAGAAAUUGGAGAUUAUGUUACUCACUUGGAUCAUUCAAGUAAAUAAUUAAAUCCAUCAUUCUUAGUGUACAAAAAAAAGCAAAAGAAAUAACAUAUAGCAUAAGUUCUAAUUAUGACUUAUGACUAGUUUUACUUAGGGUAAAUUUAACUACACUUGUACCCUUUUACGCCAUUGUAAUUCAAGUUUAGCAUUUAUUCUAUUGGUCAUAACUUGCUUACCAACUCUAAUAAUCUAACCAUUACCAACUCUAA